AUGGUGAAAGGUCUCGAGGGCAAAACUUGUGAGGAGCAGCUGAGUGAUUACCUCAUUGCAGUCUUCACCUUCCUUACAGAGAGCAGCAGGAGAUGUGUUGAUCUCUCCAUAGUGACCAGUGACAGGACACGAGGAAAUGGAAUGAAGCUACCUCAGGGGAAGUUCAGAUUGGACGUCAGGAAAAGGCUCUUCACUGAAAGGGUGGUUGGUCACUGGAAUAGGCUCCCCGGGAAAGUGGUCACGGCAUCAAGCCUGUCAGAGCUCAAGGAGCAUCUGGAUGAUGCUAAUAAAUUGAUUACACGAGAAGGGCCUUCCUUUCUGCAGAUGCGAAUUAAACAUUUGAUGAAGUCAAACUGCAUCCCACAAGCGACUUUCUUGUCAAAAUUGUGUGUGGAUUCUCCAGAAAUUGCAAAUGUUUCAUCUUUUCGCCAAGCCUACAUCACAUGUGUGUGUUCUAUGCUGCCUAACGAAGACUCCAUUAAGGAGAUUGCAAAGGUGGAUUGCAAAGAAGUAUUGGACAUCAUAUGUAAUCUGGAAUCUGAGGGACAAGAAAACACUGCAUUUAUUCUUUGUACAACAUACCUUACUCAUCAGCUUCAAACAGCGAAUGUGUAUUGCUCUUGGGAACUGACACUUUUCUGGAGCAAACUGCAAAGGAGAAUAGAUCCUUCUUUAGAUUCCUUUUUGGAGAGAUGUCGUCAGUUCGGCAUCAUCGCCAAGACGCUACAGCAUUUAUUUUUCUUGAUAAGAGUUAUACAAUCUGAAGCAGAAGAAGCAGGCCUUGCUGUGUCUGUUUUGUUAUGUGUGAGAGCCCUUCAGAUCAGAUCAAGCGGAAGUGAUGAAAUGAAGACAUCAGUAUGUAAAACAAUUGCAUGCCUUUUACCAGAAGACCUUGAAGUUAGAAGAGCUUGUCAGCUCACAGAAUUUUUACUUGAGCCAACUUUGAGUGGAUUUAAUGUGUUGGAAGAGCUCUAUAUGCAACCAGAUCAAAAAUUUGAUGAAGAAAAUGCACCGGUUCCAAAUUCACUCCGUUGUGAGCUGCUGUUAGCUUUAAAAGCCUAUUGGCCAUUUGAUCCUGAAUUUUGGGACUGGAAGACUUUAAAGCGACAUUGCCUUAAACUGUUAGGGAAAGUAGCUUCUGAUUCUGAGGAUGAUGCAAGUUGUAAUACGUCAAUCAAUGAAACUGACAUGUUAGAAACUUUCUUUAGUGACUAUGAUGAGGCAAAAGAACAUAAAUAUUAUGAUGGAAAAGACACAAUGAACCAACCUAAAGAAAAAGCAAGAGUAAAAAAACCAAUUGGCUCUUCAGAAAGAUACCAGAGAUGGCUUCAGUACAAAUUUUUUUGUGUGCUCUGCAAAAGGGAGUGUAUAGAGGCUAGAAUACUGCAUCAUUCUAAGAUGCAUAUGGAAGAUGGUGUUUAUACGUGUCCAGUGUGUACAAAAAAGUUCAAGAGAAAGGAAUUUUUUGUACCACAUGUAAUGGAACAUGUUAAAAUGCCACCUAGUAGAACACACAGACCUAAAAAGAAGAUCAUACUGAAAAAAGACAGAUCACCACAAAAGACAACAGCUUCCAGCAGCCUGCCCCCAGCAUUUCAGGAAAAGUCACAUCAGCCACAGCUGCCUGAAAACUUUGAGAAUGACACGCAUGAAUAUGUCACAUUUAGCCAACUGGAAAAUUGUCAGCUACAAGACAGAGACAUCUAUCCAUGUCCCGGAACAGAUUGUUCUAGAGUAUUUAAACAGUUUAAAUACUUAAGUGUCCAUCUGAAAGCUGAGCAUCAAAACAAUGAUGAGAAUGCAAAACAUUACCUGGAUAUGAAAAACAGGAGAGAGAAGUGUGCUUUCUGCCGCCGGCACUUCAUGACAUCCUUUCAUUUGCGGGAGCAUGAACGCGUACACUGUGGACCUCAACCAUACAUGUGUGUGUCGAUGGAUUGUUAUGCUAGAUUUGGGUCAGUUAAUGAGCUUCUCAGUCACAAACAAACACAUGAUGAUCUUCGUUAUAAAUGUGAGCUAAAUGGCUGUAAUAUUGUUUUCAGUGACUUAGGGCAACUUUACCAUCACGAGGCACAGCACUUCAGAGAUGCAUCGUACACCUGCAACUUCUUUGGUUGCAAAAAGUUCUAUUAUUCAAAAACUGAAUUUCAGAAUCACCUUGCAGCGCACAACAUUGGAGUGUCAAAUGGGGAAGUAAAGCAAACGCUCAAAGAGUCUGUUUCAAAAGACAAAUGCAGUUAUCUUCCAGAGUCUCAGCUGCUUGAACAAUCUGAAGGGUCCGGUCAGAAUGAUAACCUGGAUCCCUCAGGCUCUCAGGAAAUUCCACAGAUUAAGGAAGAAGCUCUCUCUGACAGUGAAGAACUAGAUAGUGAAAGUAAUUGCAGUCUUCAUUGUGGGGACCACAGCACAGAUGCUGCAGUGAACCAAGGCCAGGUGUCUUCUCUACUAGUGGAAACAAUGGCUCACAAUCAAUCAGUUCCAGGUUUUCUCACGUCCCAGGAAGGAGUCUUCCAUCCAGCAGAUAUGAAACAGCAGUGUUCCAAUGAAGCAGUUUGCUUUGAUGAAAAAAAACUUUCCUGUGGUUUUGAAGGCUGCUGUUCCACACACAAAAAUUCUAGAAGUAUGCAGAAACACCUUCGCAGGGCACAUCCAUAUAACCUUAAAGGUAGAAAAAAUAUGGAGAUGAAAACUAAGGACUUUCUCAAUCUGUUGAGUGAUGCUCAGGACAGUAAAUCCCCUACAGACAUUAGUACAGAGUUAGGUCAUAAUUCAGAUACAAAUGCUGACUCUCCAGAAAGCGUGUAUUGUACUGUAGAUGCCAAAGGAAGCAAUGGCCUGAAGGAGGACACUUGUCCUUCUUCCCCAGAAACAUCAUUUUGUGAAAGUUCUAAAGAAUCAAAUAUUGAAGAUAGCAUGUUGGAACUAAUGGUAGGCUUAAAACAUCUAAGCUUAAAAAAUUCUAACAUUCAGAAUUCAAGACACAAGCCUUUUUUGGGCUCUUUACAGUCCUAUUCAUCUACAGAUGCCAAGUGCCCUGAGUCAGUAGAUGAAACUACCUCAAAAUUUCAGCUUCAAGAGCAGCAAGACAAUUUACCCAGCCAGUACCUUACUCAGCUGGCAGCUAAACCAUUUUUCUGUGAAUGUCAAGGAUGUACAUGUGAGUUUGUGACCAGAGAAGCUCUCUUAAUGCAUUAUGUUAAAAAGCAUAACUACUCAAAGGAAAUGGUUCUUCAGUUAAAUAUGUUCCAGCAUCGGUACUCACCAUUUAAAUGUCAUAUCUGCCAAAGAUCAUUUACAAGAAAAACACACCUUAGAAUUCACUAUAGAAACAAACAUCAAAUUGGCUGUGAGAGGGUAGCUCACAAGGUAUGUUCUAAUGAAAAAUUUGAUCAUGUAGGUUUAUGUACAGAUGACAUGCAUAAAAAUAGCAGUGUUCCACCAUCUGCCUGUGCAAACAAUGUUGAAUUCAUUGGACAUUCAGACCACUCUGAGCAGCUGUGCCAUCCUAAAAAGGAAGACUGCAGUUCCGAGACAGAUUUGGAGUCCAGUGAAGAGACAGACAAUGUAACAAGAAAAACAUCUAAUAUAGCUUCUCUGGACAGUCAUGGGGAAGAACUGGAAGCAAGACAGGGAAGAGGAAGCAAAAGAACAGUUGCUAAGGGAAACUUAUGUUAUAUAUUGCAUAAGUAUCACAAACCAUUUCAUUGUAUACAUAAAAGUUGCAACUCGGCAUUUACUAACCAGAAAGGUUUGAUUCGCCAUUAUAGAACCGUUCACCAAUAUAAUAAGGAACAGCUCUGCUUAGAAAAAGACAAAGCAAGAACAAAAAGGGAACUUGUCAAAUGUAAAAAAAUAUUUGCAUGCAAAUACAAAGAUUGUGGUAAGCGUUUUUUAUGUUCUGAAGCUCUUGCUAGGCAUUGUAGUGACUUCCACAAUGAACACAUAGAGGAUGAAAAACUGCUUUCUGAAGCUGAAUCUGCAAGAUUUGCUUGUAACCAAGCCCACUGCCAUGCUGUAUUUUAUACCUUUAAUAAGCUUAAACAGCACCUAAUAGAAGACCAUGCCAAUGAAGAAAAAUUAAACAAAGAUUUUGAAAUCCAUUGUGACCUUAAUGGCUGUGAUCGAAUUUUCACAAAUUACAGUCACUACUCUCAACAUGUAUAUUUCCGACAUAGUGAAUAUUAUGAUAGUCUCUUUGGAAAUGCGAAAGAGGAGGAAGAUAAUCAAGAUAAAAAUGAACAAAGUUAUUUGAAAGACAGUUAUGGCAUAAGCAAGCAGAAUGGGAAGCAGUUAAAAGAAAAACCUAAAAGAAUUAGCAGAAGCAGAGAAAAGCAUUUGAUGAAUUUCAAAACAAAGGAGGAAGCCCUACAGAUGUGCAAAGAGAAGUCUAACCAGACCCAGUACCCUUGCAUGGUUCAGGGAUGUUUGUCUGUUGUCAAAUUGGAAAGCAGUAUAUUGAGGCACUAUAAGCGCACACAUCAGAUGACCAGUAUGUAUAUAGAGCAACGGAUUCAAAAACUUGUUGUUUGUGUUAAAUGUGGCGUAAUGAUUGAAAAACAGUCCUGCUCUGAAAGAGCUUUAGACUUGGAUAAAAAAGGUGUAAAAGAGGAUGCAUCAGCUAAUCCUGAGUCUGUACAGGAAAGUGAAAAACCUCUUGUUCCAAAUACUAACAGUGAUCCUCAAGAUGAGAGCAAUGAAGACCAAAAAAGAUGUCCAUCGGGUAGUGUGAGUUUUGAUGCCAGUGCCUUUAUGUAUUCAGGCACUUUAAAAUACAACCACAGUUCAAAGAACACCUGUUUUGAAGAGCGUAACAUCACAGAGACAGUUACGUGUAAACCUGAAGAUUUUUCUGAAAAUAGCGAAAGAGAGAAUAGCUCUUAUUUCCCCAGUUUACAAUUAGAGUUGCCAAGAGAGAAAGACCCAGAGGGAUGUCAGCAUAGUGCAGUUAAUCAAAAUGCAAAAAGAAGUGCACUCUGUGCCACAAAAGACAAAUUUCAGAAGCCUCCAGUGUCCAAACCAUUUGAUUUAAAGACAUAUAAACCAAUGGGAUUUGAGUCUUCAUUUUUAAAAUUUAUUCAGGAGAGUGAAGGAAAAGAUGACGAUGAUGACGAUGAUUUUGAUGAGGUGGUAGAAUGGGAGUCUCCUGAGCAGUUGCCAGUAGAUAAAACCUUGCAAAAAGAGGGAGACAGUCAAGGAGAUAAACCAGUGAACAACUUUGUAAAUGACAAAAAUGCAAUCAUACCACAAAAUAACCAUGGGCAGCUGACAGAAAUCCCACCCUUGUUGUCAGAAUCGUCAUCUGCCCCUUCUUUAGAAGAUUUGAGGGCAAUCUUGGACAAGGCACUAACGGACUGUGGAGACCUUGCCUUAAAGCAGCUUCAUUACUUAAGACCAGUAGUUGUUCUUGAAAGAUCCAAGUUUUCCACCCCCCUCAUAGACUUAUUUCCCACAAAAAAGGCAGAUGAGCUUUGUGUAGGAAGUACCUAA